CAUCUACACAAACAAGCUUCUGUAUUACUGUAUACUUAGUGUGCCUGGCUGCUCGAGCUCAACUAUGGGCUCUACCAGCUCUGGAUCGUUUGUGCAUGCUGCUGCUCCCAAGACCUCCAAAGCUCACCAGUUCUUCACCUCUGACAAGUGGACAAACAUCAAAAUUGGCUUUCGCCUUGCAGCAGGCGUCACCAUUGCGCUAUGUCUGCCCCAAAAUGCAAAGAUAUCGGGCCUCUUCUCAACAGUGGGCUAUGUGCUUGGCAUCUUUACUCUUCUGUUUCAGAUUCAAGCGACCACGCGAGCUGCAAUGGUUGAGCGUGUUGUUCUAGCCGGGACAUUCACGGGAGCUAUUAUACCCUUCUGUAUUUUGGGCUACUUUUGUGCAAAAUCUGCAAAAGACCCAGCAACAACACAACAGACGCUAGUCGCAUACGUCACUGCUCAACAGCAAGGCAUUGUGCGGGGCCCAGACAUAUUCUAUCAAGGCAGAGCUGCUGCGGUCGCUGCAGUCUUUCUCUUCAUUCUUACGUGGGCAGCGAAUGUGUUGAAGACACUGUUCAUUGCGCAAACGUUUACAAUUUUCGGCGGAGUCAUCUUAGCUGGUAUCAUAUUUAUUGAAGGCUGGCUCUUCCCUAGCUGGGACCAAUUCUACAGCCUAUUGCGUCAGCUCAUCUACGCAAUUUACGCAUCUCUAGCCAUCGCAUUCGCGUGCAACCUGCUCAUCUUUCCUUACAACGCUCGCGAAGCAUACCUGUCCCAGGUGGACAAGUUUCUUAGCACUGCAGAGCAAAUGACAUCCUGCCAAACAGAUCAUUUUUCGACUGCACAUCGCCGCAGUCAAGCAGAGAGUGAGAAGGUAAAGGACGGCGCAAGUGAAGGCUCGCAUGAAACAAAACAGCCGAAGAAGAAAGGCUUGGCUGGGCUCCUUGGUCAACGUGAGAAGCCAAAGCCAACACAAAUUGAGAAGCUGAAGGGCCUUCGAACAGCGUUGACAGGUUUGGCAACGGCUAUUGUUCAAGCAAAGACGCCAGCCAAGCGUGAAUUCGCAUAUGGUCAUCUCAAAGUCAACGACCUUGAGUCAUUGGCAAAGUCAUGCCAGUCAUUAGUUGUUCCAUUAUUUGGCCUGAACUUGUGGUCUCAGAUAUCAGACUUGCUUCAUGGAGAUAUCUCUGCAGCUGACGACGAAGUCCGAGAGGCAUUCAUCGAGGCAAUUGGAUUAGAAAACACAGAUGAGGUCGAUAAGGAAGAGCUGUUUCGUCACAUGGAAGACCAUGUUCUACCGCGCUUCAAUCGACUGACGUCCUUGUGUUCAGCCAGCAUCUUGCACAUCAAGCAGGGACUUCAUCUUGGGCCGUGGAAACGUCCAGCAUUCUGGCUACGUCCUUUCAUCAAGUCGCCUGCCCCUCAUUCAGGCCGCGACGACAAUUUUACAGCAGAGUUUGAGGCGGAGAUCAAGCAAUUCUGGGCUUCAAAAAGCUCUUCUGGUAGUGCCUUGCACAAUGGAGGAGAGGGAAAUCGCCGGCUAUUGUCCAUCGUGUACAUGGACUCAACACUAUACGAUUUGGCCAACAAGCUACUCAGCUUUUGCAAAUGGAUCGACUCACUUCAUGCCACAGGGGUCAUGUCAAAAAGACACUUCAUCCGCCCAUCUGUCAAACGCUACAAGAAAGCUCUGCGAAAAGCAUGGGUCGGCAUUUCUCAACAUGCAAAUCCUCCAAAGGACGGUUUGAGCAGAGUCAAGUCUGGUAUGCUCGGCGCUGAUGAUUCAGCUCGCUCUAAUGAAUCGAGUGACAGUGCAUCAGCCUUGUUCCUAAACACUGGAAAUCCAACGCUCAUUCCGCGCACGUCUCUGUUGUCCAAGGUUGGCAUGUUCUUCUACCGUAUCCUCAAAUUCUUGGAGAGCCCAGUCUCCCGUUUUGGUUUCCGUGCAGCAAUAGCAAUGACGGUGUCGGCUUUGCCUGUGUAUUUUCCGGAUUCAUGUCGAGCCUUUCUGGAGUACCGCCUCUUAUGGAUCGUUUUCACAGUGCUGCUAGGUCUACAGCCCGUGCUCGGCCGUGGCGUCUUUUCGAGCGUCUUGCGAGUCGUGGCCACCAUUAUUGGCGGCGUGCUAGGAUUGCUGUGUGUUGAGAUUGGCAGGGUACCAGGUGGUAUUCUCGUGGUCUUUUUCAUUACGCUUUUUCCACAAUGCCUUUUACUCAUGGCUCAACCACAGCUCAUGUUGCUACCAGUGUUACUCUCUGCCAUCACUGGCGAACUGGUCGUUGGUUACUACCUCACCACAGUCAACUUGCCACGCGCAACCUUGGAAAGAUCAGGCCAGAUUGUUCUUGGCGCUCCAGCUAUCAUGGGCUACAGAAUAUUGCUUACUCUAGCUGGCGUUGUCAUUGCAUUGAUCUUCUCCGUCUUUCCUGCAUUGCCAACAGGGCGCACCCUCUUGAGGGAUGUUACAUCACAGCGCUUCUUUACUAUAGCAGACCUCUACAUGCUUACGUCACUGCGCGGUGCAGGAAAUCGAUACAUCUUGCCAAACGGCAUCGAAAAGGCGAUUGGAGACUUACAAAAAGAUGGGAUUGGCUUGUCUGCGAAUGCACACCAGCUGGUCAUGAUGACCAAAUUUGAACCGUCGCCCAGAGGCACCUUCCCGCAAGGCAAGUGGAAUGAGCUCAUUACUCUGAUCGAUAACCUCAACACCUGUCUCGCUGUAUCCAAUGCGCGGUUCUCUGAUGUAUUAGCGGCCGCACCGGAGCUGGAAGUGUCGAAAUUGCUAUUGCAUUCUGACAGUGACAAGUAUUUUCGUGUUGUUACGUCUAUUCUGUUUGCGCUUGGCAAUUCUUACAACUUGUGGCAACCAUUGCCGCCUGUCUUGCCAUCACCCAUGAAGGCACAUCUGGAUACGCAAAAAGGAAUGUACAAGUUCCGGCAUAUUGUUGCAAGAGAGGCGGCCACGGAUGAUGCUGUUGCACAGUUUGGUGCGUACCUUGUCACGAAUGCGAUGAUGACGCAUCUCUUGGAACGGAUAUUGCGUUUGACUGGUGAGUUGAUUGGUGUCAGCGGAUAUAAGAGUUAUUUGCAGUCGCACAAGCGGCAGCAUAAAGACUAGUACUUGUUGUAAGGCGUGGGUAGUUUUUGUACAUGAUUGAUUAGAGUUCGUCCUUCUUCA